UGGUUUAAACAUACCAACUACAGGGGUCAGCUUACGUGGGACACUGCUGGGGCCAUUUGCCUGUGUGCAGUGCUUUCUUUUUUCUUUCCCUUCAAUGGCGUGUAGAGAAAGCAGGGGGAGUGAAAUUUUAGCACAUUUAGGACUUCUGGUGUUUCUAAUGUCACUAUGCAACUGUGCAAAACUGACGAGGCUUAAGGCAUUGGAUGAAUCUAGAGGAACCUCAGUGCACACCAAAAAGCAACCUGAAAGAAGUCAUCUGCAUCAUGGAAGACUCUUGAUUGGACAGAGCUCCCUGAAAGAUUCUAAACUCAAUGGAACCAACUCCACGGAGGCGACGCUGGAUGAAGCGGACUACCAGGCUGACAUGAGCUGGCAAACCAGACAACGAAUGGAAAAGAGUGACUGGCAAAAAAUGGCAAUGGAAAACCUGCUAAAAAUGGAGUCAAAGGUUGAGUGCACGCGAGAUUCUAUGAAGCUUCUUGUUCCCGAUGCUGCCUCUACCCCUGCAUCUCUCAUCUUUGUGGACCGGGGUCACUUGUCUCCUCUGUCUCUGACAAAGUUGCCCUCAAGCUGUGGUUACACAAUUAGGUCAACUCGGAAAGAUCUGGUCUUGGUAGCACCCUAUGAUGGCUGCUUUGUCAUUAUUCAGGAGAACUACUAUGUGCUCCCGUUGCUCUGGUGGGGCCUACCAGUUAGAAUGUCAUGUCCUUUAUUGGGACAUGUGUCACAAAACCCUCCAAUGGUCACUUGUCAUGCUGAGGGCAUGGUUGUGAAAACGGAAUGGAUCACAUCUGCUUCAAAAAUCAAAGUAAAUGUAAAUGGAAACUGGGAAUCCCUAUUGACAGCUGCACAACGCUGUGUAUUUGGUAUAGUUGAACAUCCAGAAGGUGUUGUUAUCUCUGUGCGCUAUGCACCUUGCCUGGUAAACAAGGAUGGAAUGCACUCCCUUGAGCUGGCUGGAGAUGUAGAAACCAAGGUUUCAUGUCCAUCAUUGUUGGCAGCUCAAAUCAAACAGACAGAGACCCAAGUAAGAGGUUCUGUGCAGGAAAGUGACAUGCCAGGCAAAUGGGUGUAUCCAUUUCCCACAUCAUAUCCAUCUUUAACACUUCCUCGUGCUCAAGUAGCAUCUCAAAUUCCUAUAUCUCAAAACCAGAAGAUCCCAAGCAAACCAAAUCUGGGGCAGCGUCUGUACACAAAUUUUCCCGGUUUUCCUUAUGCUUACCUUCAAAAGCCAGACCUCACUACUACUAAACAGCCACAGACCUCUGCACCUUCAAAAUCCAAAGUUGCUCCAUCUGCAGAUCAUUUUUACCCUCAGACGUCGUACCCCCACUUGCCUUUUCCUGCAAUGCCACGAAUGAUACAACCUUCGUGGCAUUCACCACAUGUUCUCCAGAAACCACCUGCCAGCAACCUUCAGAUUCCAGAACAGAUAUUUCCUUCAAUCUAUGCAGAAGCUUUGUCCCUGCUCUCAAAUUCUUAUCCACUGUAUCUCCAAAGAUUACUUGAGAAACCUGGGCCAUCAUAUCCUACAAUGUCUGAGAAGGGUCAAGGUGAACACAUGCCCUUCCAUUUAUUUUGCUCUCAACGGAUGGCGGCCGCAAAACCAUCUGUACUUUCUCAGCUAGCAUGGCCUGAAAUGUUUAAAAGUGAAGUGCACCAGCUAUUUCAGCUUGUGUGCAUCCAGAUGGAGGCAGCCUUAAAAGCUCCAGAUGUUUCCCAGCCACCAUACUCUGACACUGUGAACGGCCAGUUACAUGAGCCAUUCAACCUCUUGUGUGCCUUGCAGAGGUCCCAGCUGCAACAUUCAAAAACAGCUCAAGGUCAAGUAUAUUACUCAUUUUACUUAUUCUGCUACCAGCAGAAUCGAGCCUCAAAGCCUGCUGAUAUUACACAAGAAGCCCCCAAAGGCAAUCUAUACCAGGCUUUGUACCCCUUCCAUUUUCAGGCAUCUCAAAAACCCUCUCGAGUUGACCCCUCUCAACCUGUGACUUCUCAAGCACAAGUAUACCCACAGCAAACUUGGAAACCUGCUGUAACUGAGCCACCACAAUCGAUGACUCCUGAAGCCCAUGUAUACUCGCCAUACUUUCCCUUCUAUUCCUACCCAAAACCAACCCAGAAACCAGCAACACGACCGCCGCAAAAGGCAACUCCCCAAGCCCAAGUACACCCACGUUUCUUUCCCUACUUUGACCAACCAGCGCCACUUCAGAAGCCUGCUGUAACUCGACCACCACAAUCCGUAACUUCUCAACCCCAAGCAUACCCAUUGCCAUUUCCCUUUUAUCCCCAACCAAAACCAACCCAGAAACCUGCAACUAGGCCACCACAAUUGGCAACUCCUCAAGCUCAAGUAUACCCACCGUUAUUUCAGUACUUUGAUCAACCACACCCACCUCAAAAACCUGCUGUGACUCUGCCGCCCCAACCAGCGACACCUAAAGCCCAAGUAUACCCACCAUUUUUCUACUCCUAUACCCAUCCACAGGUGGCUCAAAAACCUGCUGUUACUCAAGCCCCACAGCCUGCAGCACCUCAGAACAAAGUUUAUGAGCAGUUCUCUGACAUCUACCACAAAACAGAGUCACCUUCAGUGCCCAUUACAGUUUCUCAACCCCAACAGCUACAACCUCCUCGGGGCCAGGUAACACAGCCAUUCUACUCUUAUCACCUUGAUACCCUUACACAAUCAAAGUCACCUUCAAGAUCUACAGCCGAAGAUCAUAAAGAUCAAGAACAACAAAAUCAAAGGUGCUUUUAUUAUCAGCUGUUGCCUGAAAAUCAGCUGGCAAACAUUCCAACUAACAUGGCUCUGGGUCAAGUAUAUGGACCCUGUCAGCAGUCUAAACCACCAGCUGUGGAAAUGAGUGAAAGAGCUACCCUGGGAAACCAUUUCCAUUAUUCACAGCCUCCCAUUGCACACCCUCUACAGGGCCAGGUUAAAAACCCCUUCAACAUGUUUUAUUACUCACAGCAACCUCAUGCUAUGCAACAGUCUGAUGUGCAACAGUUUGCCGUAUUGCCAAAUGAGCAAAAAAUGGAAUCUCCCCCAUCAAAUCAAGGUAACCCUGUUUACUGUCUUCAAUAUUGUCCUUCUGGAUUAUCCAAUUGCUGCCUACAAAUAGCUUUGCAUCAUUAUCUUUACAUUUCUAUCCCAGGUGACAGUAAAGCUGAACCUCAGGUGUAUACAAGUUUCUUGCCAGUGUCUUAUUCUAUCUUUAGCCAAGACUUGGAAACUGCUGAAAUUCCACAAAAGCUUUCCGCACCAUUUCUGCAGGCCGGAAGAGCUAGUGCUUCAGCACAAAUUUCUCCUAAGGCACCUCAAACUUCUGAUGCAUAUGAAUACUUUCUCCAGCCACCAGAUGGUGUUGUUGCACUACCCAGGAGUAGUCUUGGAAUGAUUGCAAAUGAAGAGCCAGUUUCUUAUUUUGGGGCUGAAUCUCCCAAUGCCAUAUGGUCACAUGGAGCGCAAAAUAUGGAACAAGGGAAAUCUGAAUCUCCCAAUGACCAAUCUCAACGGUGGAUGCCUGAGAGUGAACAAGUGAAGCCAGUUGUGCAAUACAAACCUUUUAACAUCCAAUUUCCAGAACAAACUAUCCAUUCUAGGCCAUAUUUUAUGCCUCAUCUUGGCCAACAUGUAGGAGAGUUGCAAAAUAAACCUGCUGUUGAGCAGCAGCCAUUGCACAAAUCUGAAUAUAAAAGUUCAACACAUCACAACUUUAAACGUGCAAUUGACAGGUUUUUCUCUCCUUACUAUAAGAUGCCUGGAGAUUAUCCUGUAUCCAAUAGCUCUGUUGACCUUAAUGGUACUCAAGAACAACCAUCAGAGACGGGGUCAAAUAAUUUGACCAAACACAAAACUCAAAAUUUGUAUUCAAAACCACGAAGCCAUGUCCUACUGCAGCAUGGCCCACCAGGAAAGAAGCCCAACCGUUUCAGUGACUCUCAACCAUCUUUUGGAGAGUUGAAUUAUGGUGCAAACUCAAAAGCCCUAGAACAAAGACAAAAUUCUCAUCUACAAACUUUGAAGUCUUUGCAGGAAAAAAGACAAGAAUUAAAGAGGCUGGGGAAAGGAGUAUCUAGUCAUUCACAUGGUAGCAACUAUAUGCAGAGGGAUGGUGACUCAAGUUUGUUGACCUCUUCUGACCCUAAUCCAGUGAAUUUGCACCAUGAACAAUCUUUCAGUGCUGACAAAUUAAAGCCUGAAGUUCUGAAAUCAUUUGACCUCUGGAAGUCCCAAACACCUUCAGAUUUCAUCCAAUUGUUUCUAGCCAAUGUUCCAGCAAAGACAGAAGUAAAGAGCGCUACAAUGGACCAACUAGCCACAGAAAUUCACAAACCUCUUCAGAUGGACAACAGGAAUUCAAACAGGAAAUGAGUUUUCUUUAAUAAAAAGAAACUACUCAUG